CGCCGCGCCCGCCGCGCCGCUCCAGCAUGCACGGAGGAUGCUCGCGUCUUGCUCGGGCAGGAAGGGGCCGGAGGGCAGGUACCCGCUGCAUUACCUCGUCUGGCACAACCGCGCCCGUGACCUGGACCGGGAGCUCAGCGCCAAGCAGGCCGACAUUGAGCAGCUGGACCCCCGAGGACGCACUCCCCUGCACCUGGCCACCACGCUGGGCCACCUGGAGUGUGCCAGGGUGCUGCUGAAGCAUGGCGCCGACGUGGGCAAGGAGAACCGCAGCGGAUGGACAGUCCUGCAGGAGGCUGUGAGCACCCGUGACCUGGAGCUGGUGCAGCUGGUGCUGCGCUACCGCGACUACCAGAGAGCCAUCAAGCGCCUGGCGGGGAUCCCGGUGCUGCUGGAGAAGCUGCGCAAGGCCCAGGACUUCUACGUGGAGAUGAAGUGGGAGUUCACCAGCUGGGUGCCCCUGGUGUCCAAGAUCUGCCCCAGCGACACCUACAAGGUGUGGAAGAGCGGCCAGAACCUGCGGGUGGACACCACGCUGCUGGGCUUCGACCACAUGACCUGGCAGCGGGGCAACCGCAGCUUCGUCUUUCGGGGACAAGACAGCAGUGCGGUGGUGAUGGAGAUUGACCACGACAGGCGGGUGGUCUACUCGGAGACACUGGCCCUGGCCGGCCACGACCAGGAGGUGCUGCUGGCUGCUGUGCAGCCCACCGAGGAGCAGGUGAUGGGGCGGCUCACGGCCCCCGUCGUCACCACCCAGCUCGACACCAAGAACAUCGCCUUCGAGAGGAACAAAUCCGGGAUCCUGGGCUGGAGGAGCGAGAAGACGGAAAUGGUGAAUGGGUAUGAGGCGAAGGUCUACGGCGCUUCCAACGUGGAGCUGAUCACACGGACACGGACCGAGCACCUCUCAGACCAGCACAAGGGCAAGAGCAAAGGCUGUAAGACCCCCCUGCAAUCCUUCCUGGGCAUCGCUGAGCAGCACGUGGGGCCCAACAAUGGGACGCUGAUCACGCAGACGCUGAGCCACGCCAACCCCACUGCCAUCACCCCCGAGGAGUACUUCAACCCCAACUUCGAGCUGGGCAACCGGGACAUGGGGCGGCCCAUGGAGCUCACCACCAAGACACAGAAGUUCAAGGCAAAGCUGUGGCUGUGUGAGGACCACCCGCUGUCCCUGUGUGAGCAGGUUGCCCCCAUCAUCGAUCUCAUGGCAAUAAGCAACGCGCUCUUCGCCAAACUGCGGGACUUCAUCACCCUGCGCCUCCCGCCCGGCUUCCCCGUCAAGAUUGAAAUCCCCAUCUUCCAUAUCCUCAACGCCCGAAUAACCUUCGGCAACCUCAACGGGUGUGACGAGCCAGUGAGCUCCCUGCGGCACAGCCCCAGCAGCGAGGCGCCCUCGCCCAGCAGCGACUCCUCCAGCGUCAGCAGCUCCAGCUCCCUCACCUCGUGCCGAGCGUGUGAGAUGGACCCGGCGCUGUUCGAGGUGCCGCGGGGGUACAGCGUGGUGGGCACCCACCAGGACGCCCUGCGGGAGGACGAGGAUGACCUGCUGCAGUUUGCCAUCCAGCAGAGCCUGCUGGAAGCGGGCAGCGAGUACGACCAGGUGACCAUUUGGGAAGCACUGACCAACAGCAAGCCGGGCACCCACCCCAUGUCGCACGAGGGCCGCCGGGGAGACAGGUUGGACUCCGCAGCACACGGCAGCCCCGCGUCCCCCCGCGGCCCCGGCGGCGGGGCCGGGCCGGGCGCCGGGCGCGCUGUUCCCCAGCUACGCGGAGCAGCUGCGCCUGGCCAUGGCGCUGUCGGCGCGGGAGCAGGAGGAAGCGGAGCGCCGGACGCGCCAGGAGGAGGAGGAUCUGCAGCGCAUCCUGCAGCUCUCGCUGACGGAGAAGUGACCCCGCAGCCCCGCUGAGCCCCCUCGUCCAUCCUAGUGGGGAUGGGGACGUGUCUGGGGACACACAGGGGGGAGCGGUGUGGGGGGAGCCAGCCCAAGAACUGCGGAGGGCGAAUGGGGAAUGGGGGAGCAGGAUUUGGCCCUGGGAGAGCGGCCCCAGAGCUGGGACAAUAUUGGGGUGAGGUGGGGGCGCCCCACAGCAGCACAGGGGUGGGGUGGGUGUUAACCAGGGCCCAGGGAGGGGACCCCACGGACUGUACCCUUUCUCCAGGACACCCUUGCUCCCCCAGCCGCCCCACGGGGUGCUGCUCAGCCCCUCACCCCAGGGAGGGUGGUGGGGGGCACAUCCUGCCCCGGAUGGGUGGCUGCCAGCUGUGUGGGGUCCCGGGGUGCCCCCAGAGCCAGGGGAUUCUGCCCAGCCCCCUGUUCCCCCCUGCCCAGGCGCUACCAAGUGCACUUACCCGGGAGCUGCUCUGCCUGCAGCAGGGGUGGGGGCACAGCCCUAUUGCACCCCCCAGCCAACGAGGGGCUGCACAGCUGCCCCCCACGGCACGGGGACUGCUGGGGCAGCUGAAGGGGUGCCUGUGGAGGGCAGCCCGGUGUCACCCCCCCUUAGCCCUGCUCGCACCCCUCCACCCUGCUCGGAUGCCCCCCCUUGGCAGCGCUGCACCCCCUGGUCCCGGGCACUGACCCCGAGAGAAACCUUCUGUCAAAUGGUGCUAACCCCGGCCCCUGCCCCGGCUGCUCCCCCUUUGCACACGGGGGGCCGGGGGCUGCGGGGUGGGGGGGGCUGGGCUCGCUCCCUG